AUGGCUGGUCGGUCGGUUGUUGCUAGUGAAUUUUUGUGCUUUUUGACAAAUAAUUGGAAUAAUUUCGAUAACGAAACUUUUAUUUUGAAUGUAGUGGAUUUCUAUUAUGUCGACGAAGUUACUGCUGCAAUUAAAAUUUUGAAAAAUGAUUUGGAAUUGUUAAAAAUUAAAGAAUUGCAAUCAGAAUCAGUGGAUAAGUUUCAAUUUCGCGGAAUAAAUAAAAAAGACAAAAUUUUUGAAUGUGUUGAAUUGCUAAAAAUUUUGAAGUUAGAAGGUUUUAUUGAUAAAUGUUCAAUAUAUUCAGCUGUUAAUCUGUUGUGGAUACCAAAUAUUACUAACUGGCUGAAUUUUAGUUUUCAAAAGAUCACAAAUGAAAUCGAAGCCAUGUUUAGUGUACAACAAACGGCCAUAAUAGAAGCGUUAGAUACGAAACAUACUGGCUUGCUGGACAACAUACGCUCUAUUGUCUCCAAUCAUACGACAACGUUGCAGGACAUAGAAAAGGCUUUUACAACAAGCACUAUACCAUUGAAUAAAUCUGAAAUGUCUACAGUUUUAAGUGACGUAUUGAAAACAAAUUUAUCAACCAAUGCCACAAAUAAAACUUCAACUACAAAUUCAUGGGCAGAUAAAAACGUCGAUGGCUUUCAACUUGUUCAGAAAGUCAAGAAAAAAAGAAAGUCAGAUGAUUCUCCUCCAGUUCUUCAAACAAUAAACAACAAAAUAGAAUCUAAAAAAUCUAACAAAGUAUUUGGCACUGGUACGAACUGUCUCUUGAAAGCAUCUAAAGUAAUAGAGAAAAAAAUUGUUUAUUAUGUAGGUAAUGUUGACUCGUGCAAAAAAGAUGUCAUCGAAAACCAUCUAAAAACAAAUAACAUAAUCUUCAACCAAUGUUUCCCAGUCUUGCGAAAAAGAAACCUUUUAAACAAUCCUCCAGAUAAUCAUCUAGACAACCCCGUGGUAGAUCAAAACCCAUUAGUCGAGUCUACGGCAUUUAAAAUAAUUCUGCCAAUCAGCCAGUUAUCCUAA